CCAUAGUAACCAUCAAAUUCAACAUGGCGGAUGGCGCGAAGUUGAAAGAUCCAAAAUGUUGUUGUCUUUUUGCUUUUUUCUCGUAGUCUAAACAAUGCCUUAGAGUUAAUAAGGAUUAGCAGGAGCAUUGCGAGGCCUAGAGGGUCCCGCUCGGGUAUUUUUAAGAUGGCUAUGGAAAAGUUAUCGAUGAUAAAAGACACACAUAACAAAGCUAUUACAGCGGUGACUUACAAUCCCAUGAAACAUGAAAUCUUGAUUGGCUUUGAAGAUGGUGUUAUUAAAGUUUGGGACUAUUCGGCUAAUGAGCCAGGCAAGCUGUUACGAACUGUACAUGAACACGAGGGAUGGGUGACAAGCUUUUUGUUCUGGGGAGAUGCAAAGCUGUUGUUCUCUGCAAGUAACGAUGGGAUAAUCAUUGCUUGGGGUUCAGGAGGAGCCGUACAUGACAGGAUACCAAUAGGCUCUCCAGUGUACUGCAUGGCUUGGAAUACCCGUCGUAAUCAGCUGGUUGCUGCAGUUGGCUCAACAGUGCAAAUAUUUACUAUGAAAGAUCCAGUCUACCAUGUGUAUCAAGGUUUUGUGUCCAGCGUACAUACAGAUAUCGUCAAAUGUGUGGUCUGUCAUGAAUCAAGGGUAUACAGUGCCGGAUAUGACCAAAUGCUUGUUAUCUAUGAUGCUUCCUUCUCAUACCACACCAAGAGCAGCUUAUCAGUUGUCUCAAGGAUUAGCAAGGCUCAUGAAGCAGGCAUUAUCUGUAUGUGUCUGGCCCGUGACAAUGAUAAUAACACAUGGAUUUUAACAGGCAGUUUUGACAAGAGUGUUAAAGUUUGGUCACAAGAUGGUCAGGUUAUGCAUAAAUUUGAUGGGUUUAGUUCUGCCGUGACUGAUGUCUGUUAUGUUCGUCCCAUCAAGACUAUCUGGAUCGCAGGGGGGUCAGCAGAGGCUGCUAUGUACGACCCUAAGUCUGGUGAUAAUGUGUCAGAUUUUAUUGGUACAUUUCAAAACGAGGAAAGCAAUGGGUAUCCACUGGUCUCUCUCCAUUAUUUACCAGAUCUGGGUCACGUGAUUGGAACAAAUAGUAGGCGUAACUUGAUUUUCUGGAAGUACAACUCAUCUGGUUGUUUAACCACGCUCAAGAACAAGUGUCCCGUGGACACACUAGUAUACACACGUAAAGUCCCUAUCUUGAUCUUCAGUGGUGGUGAUGAUGGUAAUGUAGCAAAAUGGGAGCGAUUACAAUCAAAUAACUUCAUGUACAGUAAGGAGCUACUACUCCACAGCGAAGCCAAGGCAAGACUAGCAGCUCAGAUCGCAGAGAAAUUUGAUUCAAUCAAAGGAUCGGGCAAAUCGUAUAUCAGGGAUAUAAACUCAAAUUAUAAGAACAAGCCAUCGUUUUCCAAUAACAUUAACAAG